AUGGGCUCUGGAAUUGGUAAAAAUGACGCAUGGCGACAAUUCAGUCAAGAAAUAGGAGCUGAUUUUGUUGAUCUUGGGUUUUGGAAAGGAAAUAGUGUUCAAGCUCAUAUUGGUCCGUGGACAAUUCAUCUUGACAUUCAUCAUGUUUCAACAGGAAAAUCAGUUAUUGAAUAUACUCGUAUUCGCGCGCCGUUCGUUUCCAAUGUAGAAGAUUUUCAUUUCGAGAUCUAUCGAAAGGGUGUUUUUAGUGGUUUACGUAAAGCUUUGGGUAUGCAGGACAUUGCAAUUGGUGAUGCUGUGUUCGAUGAAGAAUUUAUUAUAAAGGGAAAUAAUAAAGCUCAUAUUCGUGAACUGCUGGCCGAUCCAACAGUUCGUUCAAUGUUUCAGAGUCAGCCUAAAAUGCGUCUCGAGAUUUUAAAUAGUGAAGGGUGCUUUGGUUCUAAAUUUCCUAACAAUGUUCAUGCAUUACAUUUUGAAGUGCUUGGUGUAAUAAAGGAUCAGGAGCGAUUAAAAGGUCUUUUUGAUUUAUUUGCUACUAUACUUGAACGUCUUGUUAAACUUGGCUUGGCAUCCAAAGAAGAUCCAAUGCUAGCAUCCUGA